UGUUGGUCCGGUAGAAGCAAUGAGUCAGAAAAGACUCAUACAUAAACGGGCCAGGCACAUACAGCGCAUGAACACCGCGGACCGUAUCCAUAACGCACCUGGAGAUACUGCAGAAGCACAUAGGAUCGCUGGUGCCAUCAAAUCAUUUUCUGUGAAAAUAGAGGAGAGAGGAGAGGAAGAUCAUCUUUGGGAAACGGGCUGAGAGGUAAACGGAUACAUCUGCAGCUGUAAGAGGUCCUCCUCUCAACACAAUGUGGCUGUGGAAGGGAGAGUGUUGCAGAUAGCCUACAACUGAAGGGGUGAUACACAGUUAACAUGGGAUGGACAAUCUAACGACAACCAAGAUUGUAAAUGCUGGUGCCGGUGGCAAGGUCGUCAAAGAAACAGUAACCACAACAACCCGGUUGACAUCACUGCCGCCAACCUCAGGUGGUCUCUCUUCGAGGAGCGGGCUGCUCUCUACUGGAGGAGGAGAGUCUACCAGUAGAUCCAUCACAGGAGGCAGUAGCUCAGUGCUAGUAUCCUCUGCUGCAGCCGGGUCUGUGGGUGGAGCUAAGUCUGGGUACGGAGGGGGAUCCGUCAGCAAAUCAACCACCAUUACCACUAUAGAGUCCCCCUCUUUAUCCUCCGGUGCUUCAGGAGCCUCUGGCGCAGCUUUUCGGUCUUUAGGGGCUUCGGGGGCAUCGUUCGGGGCGAGCAAGACCAGCGGCUCUCUUUCCGUUUCUGGAGGGGGUCUUAUGUCUAGCUCCAGUUCCAGUUUUGUCACUGGUUCCAGUUCUGGUGGUCCCAGUUCUGGUUUUGUCUCUAGUUCCAAAGGAACAGGAGCAGGAGGAGGCGGUUUUGUCACUGGUUCCAGUUCUGGUUUUGUAUCUAGUUCCAAAGGUGCAGGAGCAGGAGUAGGAGGAGACAGUUUUGUCACUGGUUCCAGUUCUGGUUCUAGUUCUGGUUUUGCCUCUAGUUCUGGUGCCGGAAUCGGAGGAGGGGAUUCUUCUAGUGCCAAAAUGUCAGCCGGCGGCUUGGGCUCUGUGACCGUUUCCACGGUUACCAGGUCCAACUACAGCUCCUUAGCGGGGGCGGGUUCAGGGGGCGUGAAGAGGGGUGGGGCACAGGGGUCUACAUCCUCUGCAUUCAGCUACUCCCCCACCCCCACGGAGAGAAAGAGCAUGACCAGCACCAUGAUCACCCGCUCCAUGGGCUACGAAGGAAGAUCCAGUGGAAACUCAUCUCCGGAAUACACAAGGAGAGAAUAUGCUGCAGAAAGUGCAGUUGCCAGUAAACCCACCAGAGGGCGGAGCCACAGCAGGGAGAGUGAGAUCAGAUGCAGACUGCAGAGUGCCUCUCCCACUGCUAAAAGAUGGACUGAACUGGAUGAUGUGAAGCGGCUGCUGAAGGGGAGUCGCUCCAGCAGCAUCAGCCCCCCUCGCUCCCCCACCAGCACCCUCCCUAUUCCCAGGAAGGCCAGCGUAGAGACCAGAACCAUGCCAAACAGCUCCCAGUCAGGCCACUACGACAGUGCCACCCUAGACUCAGGAAUGCCUUCCUACGUGUGGUCAGGCCCCACGGCUGGAGGCUAUGGUUACCACAGCAACGCCAUCAACCGAUCCCCCACCUCCACCCUCCAACACUCACCUAUCACACUCACAGCCACAGGGCUUCAGAACAACCUGGCUCUCAGCUCUACAUCCAUGAACUCUGGACUCUCUGCCUCUAGCACUGUUCAUGGUAUGCAGAAUAACCUGGCCUCCACCACUGGCGGCAUCCUAACAGCUAAUGGAGUCAACGCACAAACAGUCUAUGGUGUGCAGAAAAAUGUCACAAGCACAGGGGUGUCCACAACCACAGUGGCACCCAGCACUCCUACCAGUGACGAGGUCUUCGCCAAAGAAUACAAAUUCAUGCUGCUGGAGAAAGAGAAAGCUCCCGUCAAAAAGGAGACGGAGAGACUCAUCAUGGCCAAAGAUACCGGCAAGCAGUUCUCCUCUGCUGCCACUGCUAUUGCCUAUUCUGAGGACUCACUGAAGAAGGAGAAGAAGAAGGUGUCCAGCUUUGUGGAGACAGCUACAGCCAGAACCACAGAAACUAACGCUGGAUCCUUGACGAAAGUGUCAACAAAAGACAAAGCAACCUAUGCAGAGAUACGUAAGGACGAGUCUGGAGGAGGUCUGGGCUUCUGGUCUUGCUGCUCCUGGUUGAAGUGGCUGCUGGGCAUCCUGCUGGGUCUUCUGCUCCUCCUGGGGCUCCUCCUGGGACUCAUCGCCCUGGCCGAAGAAGUCAAACGUCUUAAAGCUCGUGUGGAUGCCUUGGAACAAGCCUCCAGCUCUUCCUCAGCACAUUCUAGUCGCCUCUCCUCCUCCUCAGCCAUCAACAUCAUAGACCCUCUGGAGUCUGCAUACAUGGACAAGACCUCCUCUCCCUCCUCUACCACACUGCUCCGCACUGAUAAUGGUAUCAAUCUGGGAGUGGCAGCAGGAGCAGGUCCAGGAUCAGCUAACGGACCAGGCCAAGACCCUGUAGCUCUGCAAAGGGCAGUACAGCAGAUAGUCAGGAGUGAGCUGCAGUCCGAUACUGUACGAGCAACACUUGCACACUCAAUGAAAGGAGCGAGAGGAGAGCCUGGGACCAAAGGUGACCAAGGUGGUCCAGGAGUCAAAGGUGAUAACGGAUUCCCUGGCCUACCAGGUCCUCCAGGUCAGAUGGGCCACAGUGGACUGGAGGGCCCGAGGGGCCCUAAAGGAAAUGCAGGUGAAGCUGGUGCAGAGGGUCCCCCAGGCCAGAAGGGCCGAGAAGGACCCACGGGAUCACGUGGAGAGCCUGGUCCUCCAGGGUUUGGAGAGAAAGGGGACAAAGGUUCUCCUGGUGAACCCGGUGGGCCUGGACCUGCUGGCACUGCUGGGCCUGUUGGGCCUAAAGGGUCAGUGGGUGGUCAGGGUGCUACAGGUAUCCCAGGAACUCCUGGUCCACAGGGUUUCCGAGGUGAAGCAGGCGCUCCAGGACCGAAAGGAGAGAAGGGACCAGCUGGACCUCCAGGAAAUAAGGGCGAGCCAGGAGAGAAAGGACCCCGCGGAACAUCAGGUGACCCAGGUCAAAGAGGACCUCCGGGACCAGACGGCGCAAAUGGAUCCAAAGGACCUGCAGGUGCUCCCGGGGCUGACGGUGAAAAAGGCUCUAGAGGUGACAAGGGAUUGGAUGGGUUACCAGGUCCCAGGGGACCAGCAGGACCUCCAGGAGAUUCAGGCCUCCCAGGCAUUCCCGGGCUUCAAGGUCCACCAGGUAUACCAGGUAAUCCUGGUCAGCCUGGAGGUAAAGGCGAAGCUGGAGAACCUGGUAGAAUCAUCAAUGCAGCUGGUUCCAGUUCGGUUGCCAUCCCCGGACCUCCAGGCAGCCCCGGACCCACUGGUGUUUCCGGAUCCCCUGGACUCUCAGGUCCUGUUGGCCCUGCUGGUCUUCCUGGGACGCCUGGUCCCAGGGGAGAAAGGGGAGAGGAAGGAGAGAAGGGAGACCAGGGAAAGCCUGGUAUUACUGUACAGACUGUGGAAACCACAGAGAGACGUGCACCUGUGGCUAGUCUUCCUGGCCCACCUGGCCCUCCAGGGCCCCCAGGAGAACCAGGUCCCCAGGGUAAGGGUCCCCCAGGUCCUGAAGGUCCUCAAGGAGUUCCAGGUGUACCAGGUGUUGGUGUGCCCGGCCCCCGAGGAGAUAAGGGAGAGCCAGGUAGCUUCGUGCCAAACUCAGGAACCUUCUUCGCUGGGCCCCCAGGACCUGCUGGCCCAACUGGCCUACCAGGACCCCAGGGUUACCAAGGUGACCCAGGUCAGCCCGGUUUACCAGGAGUUCCAGGAGAUCCCGGUGUCGGUUUCCCUGGACCCCAGGGACAACCUGGAGGUCCAGGACCAGAAGGGGACAGUGGACUUCCAGGGCCCCAAGGUCCAGAGGGACCCGAGGGGCAACCGGGUCCUAAAGGUGAGGCUGGCGUUCCAGGUGCUCCAGGUAUCCCUGGCUACUCCAGUGGUGGAUCAUCCAGGAGUUCCCCUGGAGCACCAGGUCCACCUGGACCUCCCGGGCGUGAUGGGCCACCUGGGUCUGGGUCUGGAACACCGGACAUCCGCCAAUACAUCACAGAAUACCUCAAGAGCGAUGGUGUCAGGGAGUACAUGUCGGGACCUCCGGGUCCUCCGGGUGUACCGGGGCCCCCUGGUGACGGAUCAGUGGAGUCAGUGGACGAUCUUGCUAGUCGCGUCAUCGCGUACAUCCAGAGUGGAGGUAUUGCUAGUGGGGUGCCUGGACCUCCAGGCCCGCCUGGCGCUCCCGGUGGAGGCAGUACAUCGCUAAAUGACAUCAUCAGCCUUCUACAGAGUGAGGAAGUGCGACGCUACGUCAUCGGUCCUCCUGGCCCUGCUGGACCUCCUGGCAUCCCAGGGAUCCCAUGGAGAGGAGGCUAUGGCUUUAAUACCCAUGAGGUGGCUGGACGGGUCCUCACUCUAAUGAAUGAUGCUGAAUACAGAGGUGCCUUGGGCGCUCAGGGGCCUCCUGGUCCACCUGGUGUCCCAGGCCCUGCUGGCCCUCAAGGCCCUGCCGGUCCUUCAGGACAGGCCCCCUACAGCAGCUCUGGAUACAGGCUGGAGGAGGUCAAGGACUACAUACAGAGUGGUCUAAGAGGGGGAAUGUUUGGGCCCCCAGGCCCCCCAGGUCCCCCUGGACCUCAGGGACACAAGGGAGAGCAGGGUAACUCUGGGUACGGCCAUGCCUUCGACCACAGGACCAGCGAGGGAAGGCUGGCUGAGACUGAGACAGACUUCUCCAAUAUAGCGGUCCGAGUGACUGACUACAUCAAGUACCAUGGUCUGUUGAGGGACGUGGUUGAGAACCGGUCUCAGCUGGAGAAGGCACAGGUUGUUCAAGGACCCCCAGGACCCCCUGGCCCUCCCGGUGCUCCAGGAUUCAGCCGUGUGUUUGGUUCCCAUAGUAACGUCACUGACCUUAUGGAAUACAUCAGAGCCCAUGGAAACAUUGUGGGACCCCCUGGAAGGCCGGGACAGAAAGGGGACAUAGGACAUACAGGUCACAAAGGCGAGAGAGGACUGGAUGGCAUCCCAGGAAGGGCAGGCCUCCCUGGUCUGGAGUGGAAAAGGGGGGGGAAGGGGGAGAAAGGAGAAUACACACUUGUGACCAACAGAAGAAAGAGGAAUGUUGGCGUUUGAGAAACAAAUGAUUGAUAAAAUAUUCAAAGGUCAAUGAAAGUCCUAUGAAAUAUGUCAUGAGUCAUGAGCAUACAUGUGUGGGGGCCUAAUGCCUUGGAGACAUUACCGAUGUAAAUAUAUCGUUUUCUAUAGGAGAAACUGUUGAACAGGACAGUGUUCCAUGCGCUGAUGUAUUGUGUUGUGUCAAAGACGUCUUUACGAUCUAUUUUUACUAGUGUUUAAUCUGGAUUAUUUUUCCAAUUCACCUCCUUGCAUGUUGAUAGCAGGAAUAGUUCAACUAUGUGUUGAAAAAUAGAACAGGGUGUGUUAUUUUUAUUAAAUAGCUUUUGUACUAUUA